AUGUCGCAGUACAAAAAGGACGAGGACGACAACGCGGUCCUGAAGGUGGAUCGCGUCUCAAUCUACCAAGAAGGCACACCACCACGUUCAGCCCGAGUCUUUAACACAUCUCCCGUGUCGCCGCGAAGAUGCCGAAUCCUCCUCACGAAAAUCGCCCUCCUGCUCUUCACGGGCGAGAAGUUCCCCGUCAACGAAGCCACCUCCCUCUUCUUCGGCAUUUCGAAGCUGUUCCAGAAUAAGGAUGCCUCCCUCCGACAAAUGGUGUAUCUGGUGAUCAAAGAGCUGGCAAACACCGCUGAGGAUGUGAUCAUGGUGACCAGCAGUAUCAUGAAGGAUACGGCAAUGGGAAGCGACGUGGUAUACAGGGCCAAUGCCAUUCGUGCUCUGUGUCGCAUAAUAGAUGCCUCCACGGUCCAGGCGAUCGAGCGAAACAUCAAGACUGCUAUUGUUGACAAGACGCCAUCCGUCUCCUCCGCCGCCCUGGUUUCCUCCUACCACCUCCUCCCGAUUGCACGCGACAUUGUCAGGCGAUGGCAAAGCGAGACCCAAGAGGCGGCAUCUUCAUCAAAAUCUUCGUCCGGCUUCAUGGGCUUCGGAGGCUCAGGCCAGCAUUUGGCUGCUUCAAACACAAAUUACAUGACGCAGUACCAUGCCAUUGGUCUGCUUUACCAGAUGCGAUCCCACGAUCGGAUGGCAUUGGUAAAAAUGGUGCAACAAUACAGCGCUGCUGGUGUGACAAAAUCGCCCGCUGCACGGGUGAUGCUUGUGAGACUGGCUGCGAAGCUUGCGGAGGACGACCCGAGCUUGAGGAAACCGAUGAUGAAGCUGCUGGACGACUGGCUGCGGGACAAGAGCGAAAUGGUCAACUUUGAGGCAGCCAAGGCCAUUUGCGACGUGCCCGAUUUAACGGAUGCCGAAGUCGGACAGGCCAUUCACGUUCUCCAACUCUUCCUCACCUCGCCUCGAGCGGUCACCAAAUUCGCCGCGAUCCGUAUUCUCCAUCAAUUCGCCUCCUUCAAGCCCGAUGCUGUCCGCCAAUGCAAUCCCGACAUUGAGGCUCUCAUCUCAAAUUCGAACCGCUCCAUCGCCACCUUUGCGAUCACAACUCUCCUCAAGACUGGCAAUGAAUCCUCUGUCGACCGUCUGAUGACCCAGAUCAGCACAUUCAUGUCCGACAUCACCGACGAGUUCAAAGUCACCAUUGUCGAGGCCAUCCGCACACUCUGCUUGAAGUUCCCUUCGAAACAAGCACGCAUGCUGGCAUUCCUCUCCGGUAUCCUCCGUGAUGAGGGCGGCUACGAGUUCAAGCGGAGCGUUGUGGAGAGCAUGUUCGAUCUCAUCAAAUUUGUGCCGGAAAGCAAAGAGGACGCUCUUGCUCAUUUGUGCGAGUUCAUCGAAGACUGCGAAUUCACCAAGCUUGCGGUCCGAAUUCUGCAUCUGUUGGGUAUGGAGGGACCGAAGACGGCACAGCCGACCAAGUACAUCCGCUACAUCUACAACCGAGUUGUACUUGAGAACGCAAUCGUGCGAGCAGCCGCCGUCACUGCGCUUGCCAAGUUCGGAGUUGGCCAGAAAGAUCCUGAAGUCAAGCGCAGUGUGGAUGUGCUGCUCACCCGAUGCUUGGACGACACUGACGAUGAGGUUCGUGACCGCGCUGCAUUGAACCUCAGACUCAUGAAGGAAGAAGAUGACGAGGUCGCCGCGAAAUUUGUGCGCAACGACUCCAUGUUCUCCCUCCCCGUCCUCGAGGAUCAGCUCGCCCACUACGUCAAUGGCAGCAGCGCUUCGGCUUUCGCCAACCCUUUCGACUUCGCCAACGUUCCAGUCGUCACACGCGAGCAAAGUCUUGCGGAAGAUCGCACCAAGAAGCUCACGACUGCGACACCCACUCUCAAGGCACCCUCAGUUGGACCGAAGAAGUCCGACAGCACGAUGGCCGCCGAGGCCGCCGCCAACGCGACUGUUGUCACUCAGCGUUACGCCCAGGAGCUCAGUGCCAUUCCAGAAUUCGCUGCGUAUGGUGGCGUGCUCAAGAGCAGCCCUGUCAUCGAGCUCACCGAGCCCGAGACCGAAUACGUGGUGUCUGCAGUGAAGCAUCUCUUCAAGGAGCACAUGGUACUACAAUUCAACGUGAAGAAUACACUGGCAGACUACAUCCUGACCGACGUCUCUGUCCUGUGUAAUCCAAUCUCGGAAGAUGCGGACGAAGACACGCCAGUCUUUGAAGACGAUGGCUUCCUCAUUCCGGUACCCGUACUCAAACCCGAGGAACCCGCCAGCGUCUACGUCAGCUUCUCACGACCCGACUCCAACUCGUUCGUCGGAGCAUCAUUCACCAAUGUACUCAAAUUCGUCCUCAAAGAGAUCGAUCCAUCAACCGGCGAGCCGGAAGCCACUGGAUACGACGACGAAUACCAAGUCGGAGACCUCGAUGUCUCCGCCGCUGACUACAUCCUCCCCGCGUUCGCAGGCAGCUUUGACAACGUGUGGUCCGGUCUACCUGAAGACAGCGAGGCGAGUGAGACAUUGCAAUUAUCCAACGCAAAAGGCAUUGCAGACGCUGUUGAGUCGCUGGUCAAGGCACUCGGCAUGCAGCCUCUGGAAGGUAGCGAGGUGGCUCUCAGCACAAGCACACAUACGCUACGGGUGUACGGCAAGAGUGUUGCGGGCGGCAAAGUCGCGGCCAGUGUACGGAUGGCAUACAGCGCGAAGUCUGGCGUGACGGUGAAGAUUACUGCUAGGUCUGAGGAAGAAGGUCUGGCCGAGUUGGUCGUCAAUGGCGUGGCGUAA